AUCCCCUCUCUCUCUCCAGCUGUAUAGAACUACAGAGAAAGAGAGAGAGAGAGAGAGAGAGUGGAUUCCUCCUCCUCCUCUUCCGACCCUCUCCAUCCGUCCUCCCCGGCAGACGGAGCAGACCUCCGGGAAGGCAGCGUGGAUUUUAAGCCUCCUCGCAUCUGUGUGAAUGGGAACCAGCCGCACCGGGCAGGAGUGAUGGAGCCUCUGCCUUCAUAGUUACUGGAACUUAUUCCUCAGCCCUGAGAGAAGGAAACUAACCUCGUGUGUGUCUCUUUUGGAUUUUUCUUUUCUUUUUUUUCUUUUUGGGAUCCAAGCCCGUUUGGAGAGGGUUACUAUUUUUGAGGAGAGGAGAGGUUGUUCUACCCCUCACUCUCCUCUUCCUCCUCAUCAUCCUCAUCCUCCUCACCUGCCACCCUGUGGGUUCUUUUUGAUUUUCUCAUUUUGAUUUUUAAUUGACAGUUGGAUUCUGUGGAGGAAUUUUCUUUGAAAAAAAAAAAAAAAAAAUCAAAAAUCAAACAGCAGGAUUUGUGGGUGUCUGCUCCUGGUUCCUCGGGCUCAUCGGGACUGGAGCCGGGCAGCAUGGAGCUGGUGUCGGUUGGAUGUAUUGGUGACGUUUGGGAGGUGCUGGUGCUGAGGAAGAGGAGGACAGGAGGGCUCUACCUGCUGCUGCUCUGCUGGCUGCUGGCUGCUCACCCCACAGCGCACGCCUCAGAUGCCCCCUCAUCUUCCUCCUCUUCCUCAUCUAGUCUCGGAGGUUUCGUGGACUUCACUUUCACCCAGGAGCCUCAGGACACGGUGACGGUGCGAGGCGGCAUGCUGCAACUCGACUGCCAGGCGCAGUCCGACACAGUGGCAGGACCUCCAACCAUUACGUGGCGCAAGGAUGGCGUGCUGCUGAGCGCGGUGGUGGAUGACCGGCGGCAGCAGCUGGCUAAUGGCUCGCUGCUGGUGCAGAACGUUGUGCACUCGCGACACCACCGGCCCGACGAGGGCGAAUAUCAGUGCCUCGCCACACUGGACGGACUGGGGAGCAUUGUUAGCCGGAUCGCCAAAGUCACUGUGGCUGGUCCACUGAAGGUGGUUGUCCCCACUGAGUCAGUCUCUUCGUACCUCGGCGACACCGCCCUGCUUCGCUGCGAGGUCUCGGGCGACCCGACGCCUGUCAUCCGCUGGCAGAAGAACCGGGAAGAUCUGCCGCUGACCUUUGAACCCGACUCCCGUCUGGCUGCGCUGCCAUCUGGCUCGCUGCAGGUCAGCCGCGUCCAGCCACCAGACUCGGCCACGUACCGGUGUCUGGCUGACAACCCUGGCAGCACCAGGACUGGGACCGACGCCGAGCUCCGAGUGCUACCAGAGCCCGGGGUGAGCAGGAACCUCCAGUUCCUCCAGCGUCCAUCCAGAGUAACGGCUCUGCUGGGAGCCGACGCCGUGCUGGAAUGCUCCGCCUCCGGAUACCCGACUCCGACCAUCCAGUGGAGGAGAGGAGAGGAACUGAUCCAGAGCUGGAAUAAGAAGUACUCUCUGCUGGCGGGCAGUAACCUGAUCAUUCGGAGCGUCACUGACGAUGACUCGGGCGGCUACAGCUGCACAGCUACCAACAAGAACCACAAUAUCACCGCACACGCAGAGCUGAGUGUACUGGUGCCUCCUCAGUUCCUGAACUACCCGACCAACACGUACGCCUACGAGUCCACCGACAUCGAGCUGGAGUGUGCUGUGACAGGAAGCCCACCGCCGACUGUCCGCUGGAUGAAAAACGGAGAGGAAGUCAUCCCCAGCGACUACUUCCAGAUAGUGGACGGCAGUAACCUGCAGAUUUUGGGUUUGGUGAAGUCAGACGAAGGAUUUUAUCAGUGUGUAGCUGAAAACUCAGCUGGCAGCUCACAGGCCAUGGCUCAGCUGCUGCUCCGAGAACCAGUGUCCCCCAGCCCAGGCGUUGCCCUCCCCUCUGCCCCCCGCGACCUGGUCCCUGUCCUAGUGUCCAGCCGAUUUGUCCGACUCAGCUGGCGUCCCCCGGAGGAGACUGGAGGAGCUGUGCAGACCUACGGCAUUUAUUACUCCCAGGAUGGAGUCGAAAGGGAGCGGUCAGUGAACGUGUCGGAGCCAGAGUCUUUGGAGCUGACUGUCUCCAAUCUGAAACCAGAGGAAAGCUACAGCUUCAGGGUUAUCGCUUACAAUGACGUGGGGCCCGGAGAGAGCUCCGUCCCCCUGAGGAUCACCACCAAACCAGACCUCCAGGUUCCCAGCAGGGUGGAGUCUCUCCAAGCCGUAGCCCUGUCACCCACCUCCGUCCAGGUGAGUUGGGAGCCUCCCAGCCAACCCAACGGCCCCGUCCUGGGCUACAGACUGCUGUGGACCGAGAGCCCGUCCGGAAAGGAACAGAGUGUGGAGGUGAACGGACUCAACUACAAGAUGGACGGACUCAACAAGUUCACAGACUACACGGUUCGAGUUUUGGCCAUCAACCGCUACGGACCAGGCACCGCCUUAGAGACCGCCAGCGUCACCACCCAAUCAGACGUACCCAGCGCUCCUCCUCAGAACAUCACCUUAGAGGUUGUCCUGUCCCGGAGCAUCAAGGUGUCAUGGCAGCCACCACCACGCAGCGCCCAGAACGGCAUCAUCACAGCCUACAAGAUCAAAUACAGGAAGACUGGUCGCCGUGGAGACCAAGAGGCCAUCGAACCCAACAACUUCUGGUACCUGUUCACAGGUCUAGAGAAGGGCAGUCAGUACAGUUUCCAGGUAGCAGCCAUGACAGCCAAUGGAACAGGUCCAGCCAGUGACUGGUGUACUGCAGAGACGCCAGAGAAUGACCUGGAUGAGAGCCAGGUGCCCGACCAGCCCAGCUCUCUGCACGUCAGGCCGCUGCCCAACAGCAUCAUCAUGUCCUGGACUCCGCCCCUAAGCCCAAACAUCCUGGUUCGAGGUUACAUCAUCGGCUACGGAGUGGGUAGUCCCUACGCCGAGACGGUUCGGGUGGACAGCAAGCAGAGAUACUACUCCAUCGAAAACCUAGAACCGAGCUCGCACUACGUGAUUUCCCUGAAGGCGUUCAAUAAUGCCGGAGAGGGAGUUCCUCUGUAUGAGAGCGCCGUCACACGGUCUCUGACAGACCCCAUAGACCCAUCUGAGGAUGACCUCUUCCACCUCUUUGAUAAAUACCCCACUCCCAUGCCAGACACCAGCACACCCAUGAUCCCCCCGGUAGGAGUCCAAGCUGUGGCUCUGUCCUCGGACUCGGUCCGUGUUUCCUGGGCCGACAACUCCAUGACCAAGAACCAGAAGGCGUCUGAGGUCCGGUACUACUCUGUCAAGUGGAAAACCAGCUACUCCACUAGUGGAAAGUACAAGUCUGCAGACACCACAGCACUCAGCCACACUGUCACCGGCCUCAAACCAAACACAAUGUACGAGUUUGCUGUCAUGGUAACCAAAGGUCGCAAGUCCAGCACCUGGAGCAUGACGGCGCACGCCACAACAUAUGAAGCAGCUCCUAGCUCCGCCCCCAAAGAUUUGACUGUGAUCAGUCGCGAGGGACGACCCCGCGCCAUUUUAAUCAGCUGGCAACCGCCGAUGGAGGCUAACGGACGAAUCACAGGUUACAUCCUCUACUACACACUGGAUAAGAACAUGCCGAUAGAUGAUUGGGUGAUGGAGGCGAUCAGCGGCGACCGGCUGACCCAUCAGGUCGUGGAUUUGAACCUCGACACAGUCUAUUACUUCAGGAUUCAGGCCAAGAAUGCCAAAGGAGUCGGCCCACUGUCUGAGCCUGUCCACUUCAGGACCGCCAAAGUGGAACAUCCAGAUAAGAUGGCUAAUGAUCAAGGUCGAGGGGGAGACCACACUUACUGGCCGUCUGACACCAACCUGAUCGACAGGAGCAGCAUCAACGAGUCUCCCAUUGGUCAGAUGCGUCCACCUCACGGCAGCGCUACACCUCAGAAGAACAGUAAUCUCCUGGUCAUCAUCGUGGUUUCCGUGGGGGCCGUCACAGUCGUUGUGGUUGUCAUUGUGGCGCUCAUCUGCACCCGACGCUCGUCCGCCCAGCAGAGGAAGAAGCGAGCGAGCCACAGCGCCAGUAAGAGAAAGGGCAGCCAGAAGGACCUGCGACCUCCUGACCUCUGGAUCCACCACGAGGAGAUGGAGAUGAAGAACAUGGAGAAAGCCCCCAGUGUCGCCCCGUCGGGACACGAUUCACCCAUCCAGUCCUGUCAGGACCUCCCCCAGGUCGCACACAGCCAAUCAGAGAGCCAGAUGGGCAGCAAGAGCAGCCACUCAGGAGCUGACGGUGACGAGGCGUCCAGCAGCAUCUCCACUCUGGAGCGCUCCCUGGCUGCAAGGAGGGGGACACGAGGCAAAAUGAUGAUUCCUAUGGACUCACAGCCGAGCAACACACCGGUGGUCAGUGCUAUCCCGGUGCCAGCUCUGGACUCUUCUCAGUAUCCUGGUAUCCUGCCUUCACCAUCCUGUGGCUUCACUCACAACAAGUUCAGCCUGAGACCGAUGCCUUUCCCCAGCCUGACUGUGGACAGAGGAUACACACCAGCAAUGGCUUCAGACACCUCCGCCAAUCCUCUCCUCCAGCAGCAGCCUCCACCCCAACAGACCCCUCCCCUCCUCCCUGGCUCGUCCGCCCCGCCCGGGGAACAUGUUCCCGGGGUCGGCCCGGUGCCCGGGGCCCCUGUGGCUGUUACCGCAGCCGCUGCAGAGGAGGCACAGGCUGGUAGCGGUCGGACCAUCCCGACAGCCUGCGUCCGGCCCACCCACCCGUUGCGAAGCUUCACCAACCCGCUGCUGCCACCCCCAAUGGGGACCAUCGACCCCAAAGUGUACACCUCCAUGAUGCCACAGUCCAGUGCAAGCCUUCCAAAGCCCCAGGUGAAGACCGCCUCUCUGGGUCAAGCUGGUAAGGCUCGCUCCCCUUUGCUGCCUGUCUCAGUCCCUACGGCGCCCGACUUACCGGAGGAGGGAGGAACAAAACCGGCCGAGGAUUCAGCUGCCAACGUUUAUGAGCAGGAUGACCUUUCGGAGCAGAUGGCCAGUCUAGAAGGGCUGAUGAAGCAGCUCAACGCCAUUACCGGCUCCGCCUUCUAACCUCUUAUUUCAGCCCAGCCCAGCCCUCAGCCAUGGUCCAGUCUGGAACCCUUCUUCAAGCCUUGAUGUCACCUGCUGUCCAUUCACUAUGGGCGCCAACAGGUCAAUCUGGGUUUGAAGACGCCUCUGCGGAAUCAGACCUCCAUCUGUGCUGGGUUGAGUUUGUUUGGUUUCUACUGGUCUCAGUCAUUGUCCACUGUGGUGGGACCUGGAUUGGAUAGAAGGGAAUUAAAUAGUGGAUAAACACUACAGCAGCACAGCAUCAACUCCAAGAACAGGACAAGGGUGGAGGGGCUUCUUUAGGAGUUCAAACUGAAACCCCUCUAGACUCUUCAACCUCAAACACAAAACUAGAAAAACCCAAUGCCUAGCGCCUUGACUUAGUGACACAGGAUGAUGGGAUCAUCACAAAAAAUGUUAUAAGAUCCAUCCUGUUUCUCUUCUUUGUGGUAUUUAUUAGCGUCCUCCGCUGAGUUAUCCACAACUCAGUUACUGUGACUGUACCUCACUUAUGUUUCAUGAUCGCUGUUGGAAGUAUUCCUUUGUCUUUUGUUUUUUGUUUGGUAUUCCAACUUUGUGCAGUCACGGGAUGAACAUUAAGAGAAAACACAUCCUCAACCACCAAAGUUUCACCAAAAACUUUUCUCCCUUGGAGCCAAGGUUUUUUGUUGUGGUGACAGGAGGUGAUUCUCUCCACCAUUUCUUCUUUUGCCUUUCUCUUCCGUCUCUCUUUUUUUCCUCUUGAACAAAACAGUAAGAUUAUACUGAACCAACUAUCAACCAUAACCCAUGCAGCCCCUUCACCUCUGGAUCUUGAGGUUUAAAAAAAAAAAAAGUGUGAGAACCUACUAGACCAGUCUGAAUCAUCUGGAUCCAGCUGACUCUACUCUUACAGGACUGUAUAGAAACCUCUAUAGACUCCCACAGUCUAUUGCUGCUCUUGACCAAGCCUUUACUCUCCCUAACCCAGACAAAUCCUACAAGGACUUGUGUCGUUGCCAAACACUCAUCUUGGAAAGCUUAUUGUGACCUAUAUUUUUGCACCAUAUUCAAGUCUGGCUUAGUUCCAAACGUGGACUGGAAAUCAGUGAAAAGCAGUAAGAUGAUCUGUAUGGAAAAGAUUUUACAUAAAUCUGAAUUUGAUAGUUAUGGCAGAAACCAUCCCAUCCUGGACAAAUUGGUUUUGGGUGGUACGUGGUAAUUGGUCCUUUUGAGAAAUGUGUUGAAAUUUGGUCUUAAGUUCUUGUUCACAAUCUGUCACAUUGCACUAUAUAUGUCACAUUCAGUGCAUCAAGUCUCUCCCUGUACUAAAGAAUGGUCACAGUCUGCAAAAUGGAGAAAAGUUAAGUGAAGACUGUGUUGUUUUCUGUUCACCAAAGACAGUUACAUUUUAGAGGCACAGUCACUGAAGCAAGAAAUUAUUAGGAGCUAUAAUGGAAUACUAUCAAUUACAAGAUCACAAAAACAUCAUCUUGUUGUCUUGAGAAAACAAAUAUACUGUUAUCUUGAGGUAGCAAGAUCAUGAAGACUGAAGUCUGAUAAUUAGCAAACAAGUCUGGAUUUUACCUACAUAAAAUAUAAAAGCCACAAGAGCUUCUGUCAAAGUAGGAACAAAUGGAAAUGUGGUGUUACUGUGACAGAAUAAUCAAUUUUGAAGAAGCAACAGGAUCAAAUUAUUAUUAUCAUUAUUAUUAAGAUUAGAGAUGGUAGCAGGGCAGCCGAUGAUAAGGAAUAUGAUCUCUACCGUUGUUAAAAUUUUCACUUAUUAUUUUGUCUCACCACAGUUUCAGUAUGUGUUUGACUGAAGGUGAGUGUGUUGUAUUUGGGCUUGCUUUUGAUAAGUCCAUUUUUAUUUUUCAUGAGAAACACACAUAUGUACCUCUGUCGACCUUGAUCGCCCACAUGGGAAAAUUGCAAAACCGCCAGCUUCACUUUGAGUUUACUUCAGGGCGUUCCGUUUUUAUACAAAAGUUUAAAGAAAAAAGUAACAAAAACACAAAUAAUGCAUAUUCCACAAAGUAUAUUUUUACAUUUGCUGUCCUGUCAGAAGUGUGUUUUUUUUUUUAAUUUUUUUUUUUUUUUUUUUUAACACAUUUCCACAGAGAGCUACUUUAAAAGGUCAUGAGCCACCAUGGAAAUUGUUAACCUGCAGUCUUUGAACACAGCAAAAAAGGCUUCAUUUUGUCCAAAAUUCAAUUAUGAACUGGAAUGUGGAGAAUCUUUUGUGCCAUUUUUACUUUACUUUGAAAAGUUGAACGUGGAAACUGUUGGCACUGAGGGAAUGGAAAUUGAAGCAUUUUGGUCUUAGGAUGAUCUCUGUAACAUAAGGUCCAGUCAGGACGACAGCGCAUCCACCCUUCAGUUCUUUAAAACAACUAGAUUUUUAUUGACCGCUGGAGAGAAAAACCUGAUUUGGUCAAUCAGUGUGAGAAUUAAUGGUUUGUUAAGGGAGGUUGGGGUUUUUUGUUACUCUUUGUGAAAGCGUUUGCUGAGAGAAAUUAAAUUUGUGAAAUGUUGCAGGAAAGCAGAGUGAGCAAGGUGUACACUGAACAAGUUGGUCUGUUCUUGAGUCAUAAAAUUGUAUUUUCAGACAAUUUAAGUGCUUAACUUGCUAACCUGGUGAAGAUCUUUUUUUAUAUCAACUCUCAUUUUUCACAAUUUUCUGAAUUAAGAGAGAUGUAAUUGGAAGUAAGUUGAAUUACCUCCCUCAUUUUAGGGAAAGAAUUUAUAUGGAGGCCAAGUAUGUAACUAAAUGACUUGUGAGGAUGGAAAUUUUUUGGAGUGUGCAGAAAGGCAGGAAUUUAAAAUGACAAAUGAUUCAUUAAUCAGCUGGGGAGGAAAAAAACAGGCCAUCAGAAUGCUCCAUAUUUGACUGUGUCACCCCAGUCACCAUAUUGUAAUUUUCAGACCUUUAUCUUUCCGUGAUGAAAGGAAAAACCCUGAGGGAGACAGAGAGAGCAGUAGCAGAGGAGGUGAAUUGAUAUUCAGAGAUGGUUUGUAUGUGCGGGCUGGGGCACGGAGGAAUGAGGCCGGGAAUUCAUUAUAACGCCGUUUCAAAUAUUAUGAUUCAAGCUCACGCUCGCUGGGUUGUUGCAGCUGUGGGGAAACGUCACCGGGACGGAGGGGAUGGAAAGGUAACGUCUCUGCAGAACGAGCGUGGGGAUGAAAGGUGAACGAACGCAAGCAGGCGGACAGUGUGGGAUCAAACUCAUCAGCGUGUUCUGGGAGAUACCUCCAGUCUGGGCAGAGUGCUUUCAUUCUGCUCCGACUCGCACUUCUUUUGCUCCUUCAGAAAGCAGAGCAGAGCUGCAGACAGAUGAACAAUCCAACGCGGACGGGUGAGACCGAAAUUUGAUUUAAAGGAAGAAAAUCAGAUUUUAACAGUAAAUGCUAAAUUAAAUGGCCUGUUGACACAGGAGAUUUCUUCUUUAAGUAUCAAAAGGGGAAAGAAAUUCGAAAACGAAGUGAGUUAAGUGAUCAUACUGGAGGUUUUGCACCUUUUUGCUCAUUGAAUAUAAAUCAGAUUUUCUAACUGAUUUUUUUCCAAAUCAUCCAUCAAUUCUUAGAACGAUUCAGUUCAUUUAUAUGAAAACCUACUUGACUUGAAAGCCUGGUUCCAGACUUUUUGAAUUGCCUUUGAAAAAAAACAGAGCCAGAAAAAUAGCAACCUAAGAAUCGCCACGUACAUUUCAAACAAACAAACAAAACGACACUAUCAACCAUUUUGGAGACAGUCACAUCAGUUACUACCAGUUGGUUAGGCCAAACAGCACAGAAAAUGGCCGACGUGAACACGAAUGUCGAGUGUCGAAUUAAAUGAUGAAGAGGUAAUGAAAUGACAGUUUAGUCUAGUUAUCAGGCUCCCUGACACUUUGUGCGGAUAUAUGAUCUAUCAUUGUCUACAUUAAGGAAACUUCAUUUAAGCCAGCAGGGACUAUUUUCAAAAACUCUCCUGGUUGGUGAGUUCAAGGACACUCUGACAUUUUAAAAUCAAGUCAUGGCAUCCAUGUUUGUCUCUUCUCAGGUUCCAGCAAAGAGCUGGUUACCAGUUGGAUUUCAAAUCUCACUAACGCCAGCGAAGAGUCUGUGCUGGCUCUUAAAUGUUUUACCACAAAACAAUAGAUAAGGAGGAUCAUGUAUCUGUAGCAAGAGUCCUUCACAGUCCAUUCUGUUCCUUGUGUCUAAGCCCCGACUGACCUCAGAUUUAAUUUCUAUCCUGGUUGGGACGGGUUCUUUUAAAUCAUGGUGGGUUUUGGGUUAGUGAGUCAGUAUGUGUAAUACCCAAGUGUGCUCAGCAUUGAAUGUAUGCACAUUGGUUCGAUGUCUCUGCAAGUUGAUUUUCAUUGAAAUAGACAAACUAAUGGCUGCUUGGAAGGAAGGAAAUUAAUCUAACUGAUGGAGGAUUUAGAAAAUGAUCAGCAGUAUAGAAAUUCGCAAAGUUUUAUAUUUAGUGAGCUAAACAUGAAAUGGCAGUUUGGUCUAAUUUGCGUGAGGCAUUUGACAACAUCAGUCAGGCUGUGUAGUUAUAAGCAUGUCCAAAAAAGCAGUGCUGAUUAGACCCAAUAUUGGAUGCCAAUUCCCUGCAGCUGUCAGAAAUCACUAUUGAAGGGUUCUAGAUUCUUAAGUCCGAUUUAAAUACACAAGUUUUUCCAUUAAGAGUUGUCCUAAACACCAGCCAACAGUCUCUGGAUACCACAAUGUGUCCAACAUUUUCUUUAUCAUGAUUCAUUUGGACUUAAGAGUUUUUGUUGCUGUCGAGAUAAAUAAGACAUCCCGUGUGCCUUUAUGUUUCACCAAAACGUUUUUUUUCUUCGCCUGUAUUUAGUCACUUUAUUUGAAGUCUUUGUGAAAAGUUAAAAUGUGCUCUGUGUUAUGUUAAUUUGUUCCUCCUGCAUAGCCGACACACAGGGAACAGACGGCCGGCUCUACAGAGGGUUCUUCCCAAAAGCAGUGUGUCCCUUUUAAACAGAGAGAUCUAUAAGAAAAAACUGCUUCUUUUACUUUAGUGGCACUGAUGCAAUAUUCCAUGAGCUGUCUGGAAACAGGCACAUCAGACGUGCUAAGUCUAGUGAUGACAAGGAUCGUUCUGUACCUGAAACACAGAUCAGAUGCACAAAACUGCUGGUGUGUCCAUCAAAAUGCCUUUGAGCGAAUUCUCUAUGACGCGCACUAUAAAAAACCCAUCCGUCCUCAUGAGUCAUUUAGCCUCAGAUUCAACCUAAAAUAUGUGUUUUUCUUCAUACGACAAUAAGUUUGUGUCCAAUGUGAUUGUUUCACUUGUUCUCACUUCAUUUUGCCUUGUUUCAGGAUUUUUAUAGAAAUGUGUGUAAAUAACUUGAAAUAAGCAAGAAUAAGGCCGAUCAGCACACUACAAAUAAAGGUAAUUACUGAAACAAGUUGAAGGUGAAGAAGGCAGGCAAGGACAAAAUCUUGGCUAAUUAUCCAAAAUGAUUAAAUAAAAACAUUUAAAAAACAGUUUUACUACAACGUAUGAGCAAGUGCCCCGCUAACUUCUGUGUGUCUCUGUUCAACCAACUAAAUUAUUUGUAUUCCAUCAGUACUUUAAAAACUAUUUAGAGAACAGCCUCAAAACAAUGAUUCUGAUCACUAGAGUAAGAGAAGCAUUUACAGAUAUUUGUUUUUCUAAAAGUGGCUGUAUGUACAAGUCCAGAUAUUGACACACAUUACUCAAUUCUAGUAAAUGACUUCAAAAAGGCAGAAUAAGGCCGAUCAGCACACUACAAAGAAAGUUUAUUAGUGACACAAGUUCAUUUGGAUGCAAGCAUUGCCAGAUAGUAACCAAGUCUUAAAAUUGAGAUUUUUUGCAUUGGAAAGGAAAGGAUUUUGGAUCGGAUUUCUUAAUUAAUCUUAGCAGGAAUACUUAAUACGACAUAAUGUUUGCUAAUGAAAUUCAUUUGACAUUUGCACGGAAGGAACAUCAAUCUACAUCAUCUAUGUUUAUAUUUAAACCGCAGAAGUCAGUCCCCUGGCACCAAACACCAGCCAUCACUACGUCAGACUGUCCAACUCAUUCAGCCUUUGGCAGGUUGUGUGAUGUUUUUUAUUUUAGGCCAGUCAAAAUAAUGACCAACUCACAAUACUCAAAAUCAUUUUCUAAGUCACACCAAAGUGUUUCAGUGUUUCCUUUCACGCAGCCACUCAUUUCUAGUGUGAAAAUCCACGUUUAGAGACUUGGAAUUUAAGAGAUGAGUCGAGUAAUCGAUUAGGCAAUCAAGAGAAAAGUCAUCGGCAGCUAUCUCGAUGACAAAUGUUUGCUGCCCCCUGCUUUCGGUUUUUAACUGUUGGUCAGAAGAAGCAAGCAAUUUUAAGACAUUGCCUUAGGCAAUAGGACAUUUUGAGACAUUUGACAAAUGAGAAAAAUGUUUGAUCCAAUAACUGAUUCUUCCAAGUGUAAAGGAUAAACUACAGUGGCAGCGAAUCGUUCAAAGAAACGCUAACACCCCUAUUUACAGCCAGUUUUUGGUUUGUUGGCUACUGAAACAUGGUGGUUCAACGUGGUGGGCUCCAUGGAAGGCCUGUGUCUGUAGAUAAAAACAGCUCAUUCUAAGGUAACAACUAACAACUGACUAAUGGACAUCUACAAAUAGUGGUAUGCCUCUUUAACUGAUCCCAGAACAGAACAGAGACAGAAUGACCAUCCCCCAAAAAUCUAAUAAUCCCACAUAACAUAAGAUAAACACUCAACUUCAUCAGGUCGCUGAUCUGCUAGGUGGCUUUUAAGGAAACCAGUGACAGUAAAAAAGGAAUACAUUGAAUUAUUAAAGACGGAGAAAAGUGAAAAUACACAUUAUAAAAUAUACAUUGCUAAAGAUUUACAAAAUGAAGCAUCUGGCCCAGUUUAACCCCUGGGUGCAAGUAAAAUACAAAAUAUCCAUUUUUAUUUUGUCCACUAUGGAGUAAAAGUUUGGCCCUUGACACAGGAAACUACCGGGGGCCAGAGGGAACUAAAAGGUACUUUUUGUUUGAUUUUGAUGUCAUUUUUUUAAUUUAACUUUAUGGAUCUCGAACCAAACUUCUCGUCUCAGUCUCGAUACAAAGGCUUCCCAACAGUCUGACCCCGGCCUCCAACAGCUGAUGUUAGGGGGCUUUUUGUUGUUUUUUCUUGUUGGCUCUAUAUGUGUAUUUUACUGUGGAGAAAAGCGUCGCUGCAGCAGAAUUACAUUACAGAACGCUGCUUUUUUACAGUGUACAGUUCCACUAGAGUAGUAGUAGCUUUUUAUAAUCAAAUUUAAUAUAUUAUUAUUGUUAUUAUUAUUAUUAUUACUACUUUAUUUUGAGUGCUCUUCAAAACUAUUAUUUAUAACCAUGUGAUAUUUCUUCAAAUGUAAAUUUAGUUUAGCAAAGAACAAAAUGAAAAAGAGGACUGAAGUGCCGUUCAGAGUUGUUUUUUUUUUUUUCAUUUAUUGCCUUAAAAGGUUUCAGUAUUUUUUUAAAUGGGGAAAAUUAGGAAAGGUAUUUACAUUUCUUAAUCAAACAUUUAAAUGAUUGGGUCGCUCUGAGGACACACAGUCACCACCACCAUUUUGCUUUAUUUUCAGUCUGAAAUCUGUAGAUUGAUCGCAUCUAUGCAGUUAUCCUUUCUAACUAUAACCUGUGUAUGUGUAAUGACAGGGUCUGUGAGUAUCACACCAUCUGGAGCAGGAAAUCUUAAUUUGGGCAUAGACGUGGGCGCCUGGGUAGAGCUGGGGUGUAGUUCAUUUUUGUAGAAUCUCGUUUAAGACACAUAUUCCAUCAGUCCUCAUUAUUUUAUUUGUCAAAGGUAAUGAGAGCAGUGAAUGUUUUAAAAACAAACGGUCAAAUUAGUGCGUGUGGUUUGCAGACAUUUAUGCGUCUUUUUUGUAAUUAGACUGCAGAUCAUGAUGAGUUCUCAGUUGUCUGAGCAUCCUUGAAUGCACUACCAAGGAGAGUUUUUAAAACAGCCCCUGCUCUCACUCACAUUACCACAAUAUAUCUUUAAUCAAAAAAGUGAAAUGGCUGCCUGGAAGGUAGGAAAACAACACAAACACAAUGCUAGUCUUUGGAAAAGCUCCGCAGGAAAGUAAACAUGAUUCGUAGUUAAUGUAGAGAAACACGCCAGGAAAGUCCUUUAAAACACCUUGUCCUCUAUCUGUAAAGACCCGUCAUGUGGUGACUGUGUGAAACUCAGAAACACCAGCCAGACCUGAUAAGGUGGAAACUGGGGAGGCUCAGCUUCCGCAUUUCAAAGGGAAACUCGACUUCAUUAACUUCUUUCUUUGGGCGCUUCACUCCUGUGUGGGAACCAUUGAGGAUCAAAAAAAGGACAAAUUACACGGUCAAAAAAAAGGCGAAGUGAAGUUGGUCAGGGAUGUGCUCACUUUGAAAGUGGCCCGACGUUGGUGUGAAAUUGACUCUGUUGGCUCCGCCGCAGACAGUUUCAGGCCGACGGCUUAUAAAAAAGAAAAUAAUGGGCCAGAAAAAACGAAAAAAUGAUUUGGACCUCAUCUCAUCGGGGUGAAAGGGGCCAAAUUAAAACUGCCCUUAUCUCCUCUCACUCAGACAAUUACUUCAUUUCCAGAACAUCAUUGUGCGACAGAGGAGCCGACAGAUGGACGGCUCUGAGUAAAUACAGUUCAACUCUGUCCUUCAAAAAAAAGUCCAAUCCUAGAGUCAUUAUAACCAAAUUAGCUUAGUGGCUGCAAUAUUUAAGAGUGUACAUUUUGUUCGUUUGAGUGAAGGAGAGAAAAGAUGAUGGUGAUGAUGAUGAUGUAUCUCAGAUGGAGUAAAGCAAAGUUUCUAUCCACAAUGUUGUAUACAAUUGCUGGUUUUGUAAUGCACUGUAGAACAGUCCCAUGGUCCUUUUUUAUAGAAAUGUUAUUUCAAUGGUGCAUUCUUUUUGUUUGAUAAAUAAAGUUUUGAUACAAAAGCAAA